AUGUAUGUUGUGUCUACUAGUGAUGAGGGUGACUGUUACCUGUGUGUUCCGCCUGACCCGGGCAUUGAGGCUGCUGCUCUAGGUGCAGGUGAGGCUGCUGCUCUAGGUGCUGGUGAGGCUGCUGCUCUAGGUGCUAAUGCGUCUGCUGCCCCAGGUGCUGGUGAGUCUGCUCUCUCAGGUACCACGUCGGCUCAGGCCUUACACACCUUCACCGUUGACUCGGGUGCUUCCCGCUCCUUCUUUCGAGACCGCACCACGCUUACGCCGCUUAGUCGGCCAGUUGCGGUCUCCCUGGCGGACCCCUCUGGGGGUCCUGUCCUUGCCCACUUCUCCACUGUCUUACCGUGUCCGGCGGCCCCCUCUGGCACCCUGUCAGGUCUCUACCUCCCCUCGUUCUCUACGAACUUGGUGAGUGGUGCUAAUCUACAGGAUGGGGGGGUUGACCAGUUCACUCCUGCGAGUCAGCGGGUGACCCACUGUACGUGUGCUCGGACGGGCCGACACUUGGCCACGUUUACCCGUCAGCCGGGGUCGAGCCUGUACACACUGACUACUGAGUCUCCUCCUGUUGCUGAUUCUGGUCAGGUAGCUGCGUCGGGUCAGGUGUUUGCUGCAGCGUCCAGGUCUGGUCCUGAGUCUGCUCCCUGCUCGUGUCGUCUCCUGUCCCACCAGGCUCUCCUCUGGCACCACCGCCUUGGUCACCCCUCCCUGCCUCGUCUCCGAGGCAUGGCCUCCCGUUACCUUGUCUCUGGUCUCCCCCGGUCCCUCCCUCCCCUCCCUCUGGGGCCUGCCCAUACCUGCGUUCCCUGCGUCGAGGGGCGGCAGCGCGCCGCUCCUCACUCCUCAGAGUUUCCUCCGACAAAGGCUCCACUGCAGACUCUUCACAUGGACGUGUGGGGCCCCGCCCGCGUCCGUGGCCAAGGUCACGAGCGUUACUUCCUGUUGGUGGUUGACGACUACUCGCGUUACACCACGGUUUUCCCCUUGCGCAGCAAGGGUGACGUCACUGAGGUGUUGAUCGACUGGAUCCGCGCAGCUCGUCUCCAGCUCAGACAGAUUUUCGGCUCGGACUUUCCUGUUCUGCGUCUGCACUCUGACAGAGGCGGAGAGUUUUCCUCUGGCCUUCUCGGAGCCUUCUGUCGUGCACAGGGCAUCCGCCAGACGUUCAUAUUUCCGGCCUCCCCACAGCAAAAUGGGAUUGCUGAGCGCCGCAUUGGCAUGGUCAUGGACGUCGCUCGUACGUCCAUGAUUCAUGCGGCUGCUCCCCAUUUUCUGUGGCCGUUCGCGGUUCAGUACGCGGCGCAUCAGAUCAACCUUCAGCCCCGAUUUUACCACCCCACCUCGCGCCGUGUUCUGUCCUCCCAGGACGUCACGUUUGACGAGUCGGUUCCUUACUACCGUCUCUUCCCCUACCGCACUGUGCCCCUCCCCCCGCCGCCGCUCUUCCUCAUGCCAGGUCCCCCUCAGGUAGACCCCCUUCCCCCUCAGGGUCCUGCCCCCUCAGGUGUGUCUCAGGUAGACGCAGUCGAGCCUGUCGAGGUAGCUGUUGACUCUGGUGCUGCUAGGGGUGCUGAGCCUGCGGGAGCGGGGCUUGGGGGUGCUGAGUCUAGGGGUGCUGAGUCUGGGGGUGCUGAGCCUGGGGGUGCGGAGCCUGAGGGUGCUGAGUCUGGGGGUGCAAAGCCUGGGGGUGCGGAGCUUGAGGGUGCUGGGCCUGCUCGUGUGGAGUCUGGCGGUACUGGGUCUGGAGGUUCCUCGGGUGCUUCGUCCCGGCGGGAGCUGCCCUCUCCACAGGAGCUGCGCGAGUGGUUUGCUCGGCGCUGGAGCCGUGCUGCUGGAGCUGGAGGUGCUGCUGGAGCUGGAGGUUCUGUUGCUACUAGGGGUGCUCCUUGUCCUGGAGCUGCUGGCGGUGCUGGAGCUGGCGGUGCUGCUGGAGUCGGUGCUGCUGGAGGUGCUGGAGCUAUGGCUGUUGAGUCUUCCGGUGGUCCGGCUGGAGCUGGAGCUGCUGGGGGUGUUGGCGCUGGAGGUGCUGCUGGCGCUGGUGCUUCAGAGGGUGCUGGAGGUGGCGGUGCUGCCACUGGGGGUGCUGGUGCUGUCCCUGCUGGCUCUGGAGGCGCUGCGCGGCCGCGGCCGUACUUCGUUCCGCUCCUUGAGCAGGUUCUUGGUCUCCCGCCUUCUACUGGUCCUGCUCCUUCCUUAGAGUGUCCACCGCCUGUCCAGUCUGAGUCGCAGUUACAGCCCGCCUCCCCACUGCCUGCUCCUUCUCCCUACACUGGUCCUACUAGAGGUCUUGCUGAGCGUCGUGAGCCUGCGUCUCGUCCUGCGUCGCCUGUUCGUUCUGCUUGCACUAGUCGUCGUGAUCCGCGUCCGCGUCCUCCUGCGGUCCCAGUCACACACCAGAUGGUGCAGCGUCCUUCCACUGCUCCACUGCGUGUCCCUUUGCCGUCUCCUCCAAAGUCCUCUCUUCCUGCUCUUGCUGACCCGGAGUCUGACUCUCUUCGUGCUGCUAGUCCUACUGUCACGCAUCUCCGGGCCACUGCUGUCACUGACCCUUCCUUUGAGUCAGCUGUUGCGUCUGCCUUAGUAGCAGAGCUUGUCGACUUUGCUGCUCACUGUCGUCUAGACUACGCUGCGAGUCUUGUUGCUGAGUCUGAGUCUGAGUCUGUCUGUCCUCCGUCCGUCGGGGGUGAGUGUGCUCUUAGCACGGACGUCCUUGAGGACAGGCAGGAGGAGUUCCAGUGUUUUGCUGCUGCUUUGCCUCAUCUCGUGUCCAUGCUGAUUGCACCUGAGGGAGACCCGGAUGCACUAGACAUCCCGACUCCUCGAUCGUACGCUGAGGCGAUCGAGGGUCCCUACUCCUCACAGUGGCAGUCAGCCAUGGACACAGAGAUGGCUUCCUGGAUGUCCACAGGCACCUACGUCGACGAGGUUCCCCCACCUGGGGCGAACAUCGUCAGUGGCAUGUGGAUUUUCAGGGUGAAGCGGCCGCCGGGUUCUCCGCCUGUCUUCAAGGCACGUUACGUGACUCGAGGCUUCAGUCAGCGGCAGGGAGUUGACUACUUUCAGACCUUCUCUCCCACCCCGAAGAUGACCACUUUUCGGGUGCUGCUGCACAUAUCCGCUCAGCGCGACUACGAGCUUCACUCUCUUGACUUCAGCACGGCUUUCUUGCAGGGCAGCCUGCAUCAGGAGAUCUGGCUGCGCCGCCCACCUGGCUUCACUGGGUCGUUUCCUCCUGGACUACACUUGCAUGCUCUUGGGUUUGCUCCUUCUACUGCCGACCCGUCGCUGUUUCUACGCACCGACACCUCUUUGCCGCCGUUCUACAUCCUCGUGUACGUCGACGACUUGGUCUUUGCCACUGCUGACACUGCUGGACUCGCCCACGUGAAGUCCGAGCUGCAGAAGAGACACACGUGCAUAGACCUGGGUGAACUGCGCAGCUACCUUGGCUUGCAGAUCACCCGGGACAGAGCACAGCGCACCAUUACCCUGACUCAGUCACACAUGGUGCAGCAGGUCCUUAAGCGCUUCGACUUCACGUACUCCUCGCCACAGGCCACUCCUCUGUCUACUCGCCACUCGCUCUCAGCUCUGCCUUCGGAUGAGUCCGUAGAGCCGAGUGGCCCGUACCCAGAGCUUGUUGGCUGCCUCAUGUACCUGAUGACCUGCACUCGACCUGACCUUGCAUACCCUCUUAACAUCUUGGCACGCUAUGUUGCUCCUGGGAGACACCGACCAGAGCACAUGGCUGCAGCGAAGAGGGUGUUGCGCUACUUGUGCAGUACGUCGGGCAUGGGGCUAGUGCUUGGAGGGCGGCGUUCAGUGGUCCUCACAGGUCACGCAGACGCUUCUUGGGCUGACGACCAGGCUACGCAGCGGUCGUCACAGGGUUACACCUUCAGCCUUGGUUCCGGCUCUGUUUCGUGGCGGUCUACCCGCUCGUCUUCUGUUCUCGGCUCCAGCUGUGAGGCUGAGAUCUACUCGGGGGCCAUGGCUGCACAGGAGCUACGCUGGCUCACCUACCUGCUGACUGACCUAGGAGAGCCGCCUCGUUCUCCUCCAGUUCUGUACGUAGACAACAAGGCCAUGCUGGCCUUGUGUCGGGAGCACAGACUGGAGCACAGAACGAAGCACAUUGCUCUUCGCUACUUCCUUGCUCGUGAGCUGCAGCAGCGUGGUCAGCUGCGCCUUGCUUACACUUAUAUGACUUAG